CAGAGUCCCGCAGAAACAAUAUGGCGCCUAUCAUCGUAGUUUUGUAAACUGGCGUUAAUGUGAGUGUAUUUUCGUGACAAAGGUUAAGAGCGAAAUAGACAAUUUCCCGACGAUAUGUGUUCCAUAUAGCCUCCGUAACUACUUUGUGAGCAAGUUUCUGCGAUAUUGACUUCUGUGCAUCUCGGCAGAGUCCUGCGUGUAAACAGUAAACAACGCGUUACCAUGGGCCGUGACCGAGACAGGUACCGGAAACGGUCGCUUUCACGAAGCCCUUCAAGUUCACCCGAAAGAGACAAGCGUAGAAGGAAUCGGUCAAGGAGCAGAGACCGCAGGGACCGAAGAAGUGUCGAUAGGUACCGUCGAUCUAGAUCGAGGGACCGCAGACGUAGCCGAUCGAGGGAACGGUACCGAAGGUCUAGAAGUCGCGGGAGAAGGUCUCGCUCACGCACCCCAAGGCGCAGAUCGCGGUCACGUGAUCGCAGAUCCAGGUCGCGGGACCGCAGAUCUAGAUCACGGGACCGCAGGUCUCGAAGCCGUGACCGACGAUCAAAAAGUAGAGAUAAGGAAAACAAAGAGAAGGUGGAGGAGAAAAAUGAGCCAGCGAAUAAGGUUGAAGAAGAAAGUAAGGCACUCGACAACUCCUUGGACAAGGACAGCCGCCAGCAACAGCUUGAUCUGGAGAUGCAGCGUAGAAGAGAGCGGAUCGAAAAGUGGAGAUUGGAGCGCAAGAAGGCAGAAGGAAGUAGCAUGAAUGUGAUACUACCGGUACCCACCAAAAAGUGGAGCUUAGAAGAUGACGACGAUGAAGAAUCGGGUCCGCCACAACCAAAGGAAGAACCCGAAGUCAAGGUAGAACCUGAGGCUGAGGACGAGGUCGACCCACUGGAUGCCUACAUGAUGGACAUUCAGAAAGAGGUUAAACAACUUAAAACUAAGGCGUUCAAGAGCGAUGGUAUGGAAAGCAAUGAAAAAUCUAGUAAGGUGACAGUGGUUAUGGGUGUAGCAAAAAAGAAAGACAACAAAAAGAAAGGAGAGCUUAUGGAACAGAAUGUAGAUGCUCUGGAAUAUUCGUCGGAAGAAGAGAAGGACGAUCUCCAGUCUGCCAUGUCAAGUCUGCAGUCAAACAAGGCCAAGAAACCAGCAACAGUUUCCAUAGAAGACAUUUCGUACGCUCCUUUCCGCAAAGACUUCUACGUCGAAGUGCCUGAGCUUGCCAAGAUGACAGCCGGAGAAGUUGAAACGCUGCGUGCUGAGCUUGAAGGUAUUAAGGUGAAGGGAAAGGGUUGCCCAAAGCCAAUAAAAAAUUGGGCUCAAUGCGGAGUCAGUAAGAAAGUUCUCGAACUGCUCAAAAAGCACGGUUACGAAAAGCCGACCCCAAUCCAGAUGCAGGCGAUUCCUGCCGUCAUGUCUGGGAGAGACAUUAUUGGUAUUGCCAAAACCGGUUCAGGAAAAACUCUAGCUUUUCUGCUUCCAAUGUUCCGACACAUCCUGGACCAGCCACCGCUCGAGGACGAUGACGGCCCAAUAGGUGUCAUCAUGACCCCAACACGUGAGCUCGCCAUGCAGAUCACCAAAGAGUGCAAGAAGUUCACAAAGUCGCUCUCACUGCGUGUGGUCUGCGUCUAUGGCGGCACCGGCAUUUCAGAGCAGAUUGCAGAGCUGAAACGUGGAGCAGAAAUCAUCGUCUGCACUCCUGGACGCAUGAUUGACAUGCUCGCCGCAAACAACGGAAGAGUCACUAACUUUCGUCGUACCACGUACGUGGUCCUUGACGAAGCCGAUCGCAUGUUUGACAUGGGCUUCGAACCACAGGUCAUGAGAAUCGUAGACGCUGUGCGUCCAGAUCGUCAGACAGUCAUGUUCUCCGCCACUUUCCCACGGCAAAUGGAGGCAUUGGCUCGUCGAGUCCUCAUGAAGCCCAUCGAAAUCCUCGUCGGAGGACGUAGCGUCGUCUGCAAAGACAUCGAACAAAACAUUGUUCUCCUCAAGGACGAAGAAAAAUUCUUUAAACUCCUCGAGCUUCUCGGGAACUACCAAGAGCAGGGAAGUGCCAUCGUGUUCGUCGACAAACAGGAACACGCAGAUGUUCUUCUUAAGGACCUUAUGCGUGCUUCGUACAAUGCUAUGGCUCUCCACGGUGGCAUCGACCAGUUUGACCGCGACUCCACAAUCUGCGACUUCAAAGCGGGAAAAGUUGGUGUCCUGAUCGCAACCUCUGUAGCUGCACGUGGUCUCGACGUGAGACACGUCAUUUUGGUUAUCAACUACGACUGUCCGAACCACUACGAGGACUAUGUACACAGAGUCGGUCGCACGGGGCGUGCUGGCAGUAAGGGGUACGCUUACACCUUCAUCACGGAGGAGCAGGGACGGUAUUCUCCAGACGUCAUCAAGGCUCUCGAACUGAGCGGCAACCCGAUUCCACCGGAGCUCCAGAAAUUGUUCGAUGACUACAAGGCACAACAGGAGUCUGAAGGGAAGAAGGUGAGAAGUAGCAGUGGCUUCACUGGCAAGGGCUUCAAGUUCGAUGAGGCCGAGGCUAACCUCAGAUCAGAGCGUAAAAAGUUCCAGAAAGCGGCGCUCGGCCUGCAGGACUCGGACGAAGAAGAUGCAGAAGCCGACAUCGACCGCGAGAUCGAAAAUAUGCUUGCCCCGAAGAAGCGGGUGAAAGACAUAAACCCGUCUGCUAUAGCAGUCCUAGCUCCAGGAGCAGUUCCGAGCGCCCCGGGUCAGAUUGGGGUGCCCAGGACUACGUCAGGAACUCCUGUAGCCGGUGCCAUGGGAACAGUGCAGGGCAUCCAGGCAUCCGGAACUUCGGUGUCCGAAAAGCUGGAAAUGGCCCGUAUGCUAGCGUGCAGGAUCAACAUGACGCGAACCUUCAGCACACCGUCCACACAAGUUGGACCUGACAUUCAGCCGUCAACGCAGCUAUCAACGGAGGCACUUCUUAAAGGCCAGUACCAACCGGAGCCUCCCGUGCAGAUAAUCUCUGCAAAGACGCUCGCGGAGCAGCGCGCUGAAAAGCUGAACACCAAGCUUAACUACCAGCCGAAGCUUGACGACGAAAAAGAGGACAUGCCACGUCCAGAAGCUUUUCAGAAGUUUGAGGAAGAACUGGAGAUCAACGAUUUCCCGCAGCAGGCAAGGUGGAAGGUGACCUCGAAGGAAGCCAUGGCUCAGAUCAGCGAAUACUCCGAGGCGGGUAUUACGGUACGCGGCACAUACUACCCGUCAGGGAAAGAACCGAAGGCAGGAGAUCGAAAGCUGUACCUCGCAAUUGAAAGCACAAACGAGCUCGCUGUUAGCAAAGCAAGAGCAGAAAUCAUACGACUUAUAAAGGAAGAGCUUGUCAAGUUACAACAUUCUUACCAACCUAUCAACAGAGGACGAUAUAAAGUGCUCUGAUCUGCGCACCAGUGAGCUCGUACACGUGAUAGGACUUUGGGUCGUUUUCGAGUGUAUAUUUGAUGCAAAAUAAAGAGGGGUGGUGCAUCCUUGCACGAUACAUACA